GAUCAACAUUUCCACAACACGGAAGUGCGGUGCAGCGUAGCGUUCUGUUUCUCCAGAAAUAAAUGUUUCUCUUUGCCACAGACUGCAAAAUUACAUCUAGCUCCAGUUAUGAAAGUGAAUGUCAGUAGCUUAAUGUAAGAGUGUAUAUUGCCAUUCAAGUGUUGAAGAGAACUCACGGAUAUAACGAGUUUGGGACAUAUCUAAUCCAGCACCAUGGAACCCACAGCUUCUGGAAUGUUCUGUAACAGAAUGCUUAGCAUGGUAAACUCUGAGGAUGUCAACGCCAUCAUCCAAGCCCAGAGGCACAUGCUGGACCGCUUUGAGAAGACCAAUGAGAUGCUGAUCAACUUCAAUGGACUUUCCAACGUGCGGCUGCAGCAGAUGAACGAACACUUCCUGCUUCACACGCGCACCCUGGUGGAGAUGAAGAAGGACUUGGACAGCAUCUUUAGGAGAAUCAGGACUUUAAAGGGCAAGAUCGCCAAGCAGUACCCAGAGGCCUUCAGCAACGCCCACGAGUCGCCGGUCCUGGAGGACGACGAGUUUGAUCCCAUCCCGCCCAGUGUCGCCACGAUGAUCACCGCCACCAUGUCGGAGCAGAGCACCGAGUCAUGUGACACGAGCCCUGACAUCAUUUCCCCGAAUGUAAGCCGGUGUUCCGAAGACCUCUCCCAGGAGCAGGCCGACACGCCCACCUCUGACCAAGGCCUGCCUAGCCCUGAAACGGACAUGCUGAGGGACGAGGGCCCGGACUCAGUACCUGCAGAGUAGAGCCUCCGUAACCCAGGCUUAGAGCUCUACUCAGUACCUGCAGAGUAGAGCCUCUGUAACCCAGGCCUAGAGCUCUACUCAGUACCUGCAGAGUAGAGCCUCUGUAACCCAGGCCUAGAGCUCUACUCAGUACCUGCAGAGUAGAGCCUCUGUAACCCAGGCCUAGAGCUCUACUCAGUACCUGCAGAGUAGAGCCUCUGUAACCCAGGCCUAGAGCUCUACUCAGUACCUGCAGAGUAGAGCCUCUGUAACCCAGGCCUAGAGCUCUACUCAGUACCUGCAGAGUAGAGCCUCUGUAACCCAGGCCUAGAGCUCUACUCAGUACCUGCAGAGUAGAGCCUCCGUAACCCAGGCCUAGAGCUCUACUCAGUACCUGCAGAGUAGAGCCUCUGUAACCCAGGCUUAGAGCUCUACUCAGUACCCAUAGAUUAGAUAGAAGCAGCAGGAGGUCAAUGUGAUUGAUUUGGCUUUUAGAGUUUUGGCCAGUUAUCUGGUUUGUCGGGUUUGAAUCAGUAGCUGAUUUGAUAGUCAGGAUUUAAACCAGCACACUGACUGCUGUUCACUUGUAAACGCCAAGAUUGUGUCCAAAGAUCCCUUUUGUUAGACACGCUUGUCCAUCACUCGCCACUAACAAUGAAGAAGAUACUUGAAUGUGUGUUGUGGUUGUGAAGAACUGAAUCUUUAAUUACUGACCACAGGAGGACUGCACCCAGCUAGUCAUUUGUUUGUAUGCACAGGAGUCGCUCUCUCAUUAAUAAUGGUUGAGCUUGGAAAUAUGCACUCGUUUAAAGAGGUAGUGAGCUUUGUUGGUCAUGGGUAAGCCUAUUGGAAGCCAGCUAAUCACAAUAGUACGGCCUACCAAAAUAUGUUUCAAUUUUUUUAGUGACUGACCUCUGUGUUAUUUGCCCUAUUAAAACUAGAGCCUGACCGA